AGGAGGAGCUCAGGGAAGAGAGAAGGCGGGGCAGAGAAGGGCGGGGCAGUCCAGCCCACCAAUCCCCGGCCGCGCAGAGCUCUCUGGGAAAUAGGAAGUCGGGAGCUUGCUCUGCCCUACCUCCCGUGACCCUAGGAUGCUUCUCUUCCUCCUGCUGAGUAUGGCUACUUAGUUUAGGACUUCGGGGAAAGGAGCGACUGUCACCGCGGGACGAGAGGCCCAAAGUGGGGAGGAUCCCGAGCUUUUAGAGGGCUUUUUGCCUGGGAUCUCUAGAGAGCAGAAGGUCUGUCUCUGAGGCAAGCAGCUGCUGACAGUUGGCUGACAGUUGGGCUGCUAUAGAAAACUGCUUGAAGGGGGAUCCCGGAGUCAGGGAGAAUGGCCUUGGAGAGAGACAGACGUCCAGCCCAGGAGGUGGUGGCAUUUAAGGAUGUGGCUGUGGACUUCACGAAGGAGGAGUGGUGCCUCUUGACCCCUCCCCAAAAGGAGCUGUACAAGGAGGUGAUGCUGGAGAAUGCUCAGAACCUGCUCUCUGUGGGGCUUGCAGUUUCCAGAGGAGACGUGAUCUCUUAUUUUGAGCAAAGGGAAGCCCCGUGGAUGCUGGAGCAAGAAGACCUGGGAAUCGGCUGUCCAGAAGGGAAGAUCAGACCCAAAAUGAAGGCAACUCCAACAGAAGUGAACCUCCCUGUGGAAGAAACGGGCCAACAAAGAUUCGUGAGUGGUGGACCAGAUAGCUUAGCUUAUAGAGAAUUUGGUGUUCAAUCUCAAAAUUCACCCCUUAUUGAACAUCAAAGAAUGCACACUGAGGAAAAAUCUAGUGAGCAUAAUCAGUGUGGAAACACUAUGCACAGUGCCAGUCUUACUGUAUAUCAGAGAAUCUACAAUGGGGAGAAACCUUAUGAAUGCAAGCAGUGUGGAAAGACAUUCAAUUGGAACUCCAGUCUUACUAAACAUCAGAGAAUCCACAGUGGGGAGAAACCUUAUGAAUGCAAGCAGUGUGGAAAGACAUUCAGUCAGAGCUCCAGUCUUGCUGUACAUCAGAGAAUCCACACUGGGGAGAAACCUUAUGAAUGCAAGCAGUGUGGAAAGACAUUCAAGUGGAACUCCAGUCUUACUAAACAUCAGAGAAUCCACAGUGGGGAGAAACCUUAUGAAUGCAAGCAGUGUGGAAAGACAUUCAAUCAGAGCUCCCAUCUUUCUUUACAUCAGAGAAUCCACAGUGGGGAGAAACCUUAUGAAUGCAAGCAGUGUGGAAAGACAUUCAGUCAGAGCUUCCGUCUUGUUUAUCAUCAAAGAAUCCACACUGGGGAGAAACUUUAUGAAUGCAAGCAGUGUGGAAAGACAUUCAUGGACAGCUCCUGUCUUACUGUACAUCAGAGAAUUCAUAGUGGGGAGAAACCUUAUGAAUGCAAGCAGUGUGGAAAGACAUUCAGUUGGAGUUCCAGUCUUAUUAAACAUCAGCGAAUCCACACUGGGGAGAAACCUUAUGAAUGCAAGCAGUGUGGAAAGACUUUCAGGGACAGCUCGUAUCUUGCUGUACAUCAGAGAAUCCACACUGGAGAGAAACCUUAUGAAUGCAAGCAGUGUGGAAAGACAUUCAAUCAGAGCUCCCAUCUUGUUUAUCAUCAGAGAAUCCACAGUGGAGAGAAACCUUAUGAAUGCAAUCAGUGUGGAAAGACAUUCAGGGACAGCUCGUAUCUUGCUGUACACCAGAGAAUCCACACUGGGGAGAAACCUUAUGAAUGCAAGCAGUGUGAAAAGACAUUCAGGGAAAGUUACAGUCUUGCUUGUCAUCAGAGAAUCCACACUGGGGAUAAACCUUAUGAAUGCAAGGAAUGUGGAAAGACAUUCAAUCGGAGCUCCCAUCUUGCUGAACAUCAGAGAAUCCACAGUGGGGAGAAACCUUAUGAAUGCAAUCAGUGUGGAAAGGCAUUCAGUCGGAGCUCCCAUCUUGCUGCACAUCAGAGAAUCCACAGUGGGGAGAAACCUUAUGAAUGCAAUCAGUGUCAAAAGACAUUCAGGGACAGCUCAUAUCUUGCUGUACAUCAACGAAUCCACACUGGGGAGAAACCUUAUGAAUGCAGUCAGUGUGGAAAGACAUUCAGGGAUGGCUCGUAUCUUGCUGUACAUCAGAGAAUCCACACUGGGGAGAAACCUUAUGAAUGCAAUCAGUGUGGAAAGACAUUCAGUCAUAGCUCCAGUCUUGCUGUACAUCAGAGAAUCCACACUGGGGAGAAACCUUAUAAAUGCAAUCAGUGUAGAAAGACAUUCAGUCAUAGCUCCAGUCUUUCUGCACAUCAGAGAAUUCACAGUGGGGAGAAACCUUAUGAAUGCAAUCAGUGUGGAAAGACAUUCAGUCAGAGCUCCCAUCUUGCUUGUCAUCAAAGAAUCCACACUGGGGAGAAACAUUAUGAAUGCAAUCAUGGUGAAAAGACAUUCAGACUGAGAUUUUAACUCACUGCACAUCAAAGAAUCCACACUGGUGUGGCAAAAAUUUGUCACACCAAUACAAAACCUCCAAGAUAAUUAGGUUUAUUGAGAGGAGGCCAAACUCCCAUUAAUGAUGGGAUGAUCUUACAACAGGGUUUUGUGGGCUUCUUUGGAACUUUGGGUUUUCAGGCUUAAGGUCAAAAAGCUUUUUUAUUUUCUUGGCUAAUGUUUAUAAUUCAUAUGAAGCAAACUAUAUUAUCUUUGUUAUAAUCAUAAAAGCUAUUACUAUUGUAAUCAUAAAAGGGGGUUAGGGAAUUUCAGAUUCACACUGGUAAGAAAUUUUAUGGUAAAAAACAGUCAAUGUAGAAAGACAUUCAGUCGGAGCUCUAAUCUUGCUAUUAUAUAAUUCAAAUUUGCUCCCCAGAACUCUUUCCCAACUUUUCACAAUAUUUGUUCUUAAGUUAUGUGCUAAUGUAGGGAGGAUAUAUUUUUGUGUGCUCUGCCCUCUUGCUCUUUUCCCAGGAACAUAGUUUGUGGAGGUGGGGUGAGUACAAAGCAGGAGAAUUUCACUCAUGUGGCUUUUACACAGGCUUUUACUUUUGUUCUUUAAUUUCUUCUACUUUAACUGGUUAUUAAUAAACUUUAUAAAAUAUAA